AUGGAGUACGGGAGUGGAGGCGGUGGUGGGUCCCCUGGGGACCACCACCACCAUCACCACCACCUUCACGACGGUUCGGAUUCGCAGAGGAACAAGAAGCGAUACCAUCGUCACACAGCUAACCAGAUUCAGAGGCUUGAAUCAAUGUUCAAGGAGUGCCCCCACCCUGAUGAAAAGCAGAGAUUACAGUUAAGCAGAGAACUAGGGCUGGCCCCUAGGCAGAUCAAGUUUUGGUUCCAGAACAGGAGGACCCAGAUGAAGGCCCAGCAUGAGAGAGCCGAUAACUGUGCUCUAAGAGCAGAGAAUGACAAGAUUCGUUGCGAGAACAUAGCUAUCAGAGAGGCCCUCAAAAAUGUCAUUUGCCCUUCUUGUGGAGGACCUCCUCUUCACGAAGAAUCUUAUUUCGACGAGCAAAAAUUGCGUCUGGAAAAUGCUCAAUUGAAAGAAGAGCUCGAUAGAGUAUCCAGCAUUGCGGCUAAAUACAUUGGAAGGCCGAUUUCUCAACUCCCUCCGGUUCAGCCGAUUCAUAUUUCUUCUUUGGACUUGUCAAUGGGAAGCUUUGGGGGUCAAACCGUGAUGGGUGGUGGUCCUUCUCUUGACCUUGAUCUUCUUCCUGGUAGUUCUUCGUCGGUUCCGAGCUUGCCGUAUCAGGCGGCUUCUUUUUCUGACAUGGACAAGUCCGUCAUGUCUGACAUUGCCGGGAAUGCCUUGGACGAGUUGCUCAGGCUUUUGCAGACGAAUGAACCCUUGUGGAUGAAGUCAAGCACCGACGGGAGAGAUGUUCUCAAUCUUGACACCUAUGGAAACAUGUUCCCCAGAUCGAAUAGUCACCUUAAGAACCCCAAUGUUCGCAUUGAAGCGUCUCGAGAUUCUGGAGUUGUCAUUAUGAAUAGCUUGGCUUUGGUCGACAUGUUUAUGGACCCCAACAAGUGGAUGGAGCUAUUUCCUACAAUAGUUUCAAUGGCAACAACGAUCAAAGUGAUAUCUUCUGGAAUGCUUGGUGGUCAUAGUGGUGCUUUGCAAUUGAUGUAUGGAGAGCUUCAUGUGCUUUCUCCACUGGUUCCGACUCGAGAGUUCUAUUUCCUGCGUUAUUGUCAGCAAAUUGAGCAAGGCUUAUGGGCGAUAGUGGAUGUGUCUUAUGAUUUUCCUCAAGAUAAUCAGUUUGCUCCUCAGUUUCGGUCUCAUAGAUUCCCUUCUGGUUGCUUGAUCCAGGAUAUGCCUAAUGGGUAUUCAAAGGUGACUUGGGUUGAGCAUGUUGAGAUUGAAGAUAAAACGCCAACUCAUCGUCUCUACAGAAAUCUUAUUUACAGUGGAUUGGCUUUUGGAGCAGAAAGAUGGCUCGCUACACUUCAAAGAAUGUGCGAAAGAUUCGCUUGUUUAAUGGUUACAGGCAAUUCAACUCGUGAUCUUGGAGGAGUGAUUCCGUCGCCGGAAGGCAAGAGGAGCAUGAUGAAACUGGCACAAAGGAUGGUAACCAAUUUCUGCACGAGCAUCAGUUCAUCGAUCGGCCAUAGAUGGACGACACUUUCUGGGUUUAACGAGGUCGGGGUCAGAGUCACCGUCCACAAGAGCUCCGAUCCCGGCCAACCAAACGGCGUCGUUCUCAGCGCAGCCACCACCAUCUGGCUCCCGAUCCCUCCCCAGACCGUCUUUAGUUUCUUCAAGGACGAACGAAAAAGACCUCAGUGGGAUGUUCUUUCGAAUGGGAAUGCAGUGCAAGAGGUUGCUCAUAUAGCCAAUGGAUCUCACCCUGGAAACUGCAUAUCUGUUCUUCGAGCCUUCAACACGAGCCAGAACAACAUGUUGAUACUGCAAGAGAGUUGCGUGGACACAUCAGGAUCCCUGGUGGUGUACUGCCCGGUGGAUCUGCCGGCGAUCAACAUCGCCAUGAGCGGUGAGGAUCCGUCGUACAUUCCUCUACUGCCGUCGGGCUUUGUGGUGUCGCCAGACGGGCAAGUGGAGCAAGGUGGAGCCGCUGGAGUGGGGGACGGAGCAUCGAGCAGCUCGAGCACACCAAGGAGGUCAGGAGGGUCACUGAUCACGGUGGCGUUUCAGAUUCUGGUGAGCAGCCUGCCAUCUGCGAAGCUGAACUUCGAGUCAGUGACGACCGUUAAUAACCUCAUCGGCACCACUGUGCAGCAAAUUAAGGCAGCCUUGAAUUGUCCUACUUCCUGAUUGAUGAUGAUCAUCACACCACGCCCAUACCCAAAAACCAAAAAAAAAAAAAAGUUUUAAAUUUUUGAUGGUGGUGUAGUGAACUGUGUGGAGUGUCCUUAAAUAUGGUGAUCAGAAAAAGCGUUCAGAGAUCAGAGACAGAUUGGUGUAUUGAAGGCAGCUUAUAGGGGUUAGUUGAGGAACAUGAAUGCAAAUGAAGAAAGAGCAGAAGAUGAAAGCCUCUCAUCAUUUACUGCUGCUGUGUUUGCUGCCAGCCAAGGAGGUUCUACCUUCAUUACAUCUCGCACCAGCUUUCUUCUUCUUUCUUGAUUUUUGGGUGAAAAUGGCUGUUUUUUUUUUUUUGGUGAUUUCAUUUCUUUUGGGAUUUGUUUGGAAGAAGACGAUGAAGAAGUAGAGGAAGAGGGAGUCAAGAACGCACCAUACUGGGCUGAUGACUGUUGUUAGGGGCUUCUUAUGUAUGGUUCGGGUAUUGACUUUCUGUUCAUAGACCUUUUGUUUUUUUUUAUUUUUUAAAUUCGUAUGUUUCAUUUUUCAUAGCCUGACUCUCAAC